AUGCACUUCCACAUUGCUGUCCUUCUGGGCGUGGCCCACUUGACUUUGGCUGCUCCAUUCUUGAACGUGUCGCAUCACCCUCUUCCGGACGGCAUGCCUAAUCCAAGCCCCAGUGAGCUAGAGGAGAUUGAGCAGAAUGCGCACGGAACUCUGCCAAACGGACCUCCUCCAAAUGGUAUCAGCGAAGGAGGAAUCACCAAUCUCAAGCUUAUCGCAUUCAACGAACUCUUUGAAGUUGCCUUUUUCGAUCAACUGAUCACAAAUAUUACCGACAAGGUCGUGGGGUAUCGUUUCUCUGAUGAAGAUGAUUAUAACCUUGUUUUGAAGAGCUUGAAGGUGAUUCUGGCUCAAGAGGAGCUGCAUGCCCUGGAUGCCAACAACGCCUUGACUCACGUUGGAGUUGACCCAAUUGAGCCUUGCCACUAUACUUUCCCCGUUGAGGACUUCGAUUCGGCCGUUGCGCUCGCCACCACAUUCACAGAUGUGGUUUUGGGAACCCUGCAGGACGUUGUAGAGAGAUUUGCUCUCGGCGGCGACUUUGGGCUGUCACGCACAAUUUCUUCGGUGAUUGGCCAGGAGGGAGAACAACAGGGCUGGUUCCGCGUCAUGCAGGGCAAGGUCCGUAGUGAACUGCCGUUCUUGACGACCAGUGAUCUCAAUUUUGCCUUCACUGCCAUUCAGAACUUCGUCGUGCGCGGCACUUGCCCCAAUAUUGACUCCAUUCCGCUCAGAACCUUUGAAGCUCUCGAUGUCAUCAAAGCCCCGACCGAUGAGACCGGAAACAUCAAGGUUUCUUUCGACUAUAGCGACGAGAUUGAUGAAGGCGCACUGUGGAUUGUCUAUAUCAACCAGCAGAAUCUGCCAAUUGUGGAACCUCUCCAGGUGAUCUCGAAUGAGAAGGGCACCAUUACUGCAAGGGCUUUGUUCCCCUAUGACGCACAUGAGAUGAACGGGUUGACCAUCGCUGCGGUGACCGCAACCCAGGGCCCAUUCCCAAAUGCAUGGAGUGUGGCGAACGCAACUCUCGCUGGACCUGGCCUUUUUAUCAUCAACUGA